UUCCACAUCACUAUUCAUCACUGAAGGAAGUCGGGACAGGAACUCAGCAGGGCAGGAUUCUAGAGGCAGGAGCUGAUGCAGAGGCUGUGGAGGGGGUGCUGCUUACUGGCUUACUUCCCAUGACUUGCUUAACCUAGUUUCUUACCCAACAGCUCAAGGAUGAAGGCACCACCUACCAUGGGUUAGGCCUUCCCCUAUUGUCACUAAUUGAGAAAGUGCCUUACAGCUGGGUCUGGAUUUUCACAUCUGAGGCUCCUUCCUCUCUGAUGACUCUAGUGUAUGUCAAGUUGACACACAAAACCAGAGAGUACUCAGGGUAAUUUGGACCCUGCUGUAGCUCAAAUGUGAAAACAUAGGGAAUAGGCUAGGGCUUUAGCUUAGUGGUAGAGAGCUCUAUGUGCCAGGUCCUAGAUUCAAGCCUCCAUGCUAAAAGGAAGAGAGCAAGGAAUAGAAAGAAAAUAAAUUCCAUUUUGCUCUAGUUCUGCUUCAUUUAAAUCUCUAAACUUGAAGCCUAUGGAGAAUCUCAGUUUAAAUCAGAUCUUGUCUGUUAAUGUUCUUCCACUAAGCACAGCCAGUCAGAGGUCGUGGUUGGCCAUUAACCUGCUCUCUUUACAGAGAAACUGAUCCUGACCUCCAACACUGACUGCCUGGGCACUCUAAGACUGUCAGAACGAUGGAUGGCCUGAGGGAGUCUCGCAGGCCUCCCUAGCCCUCCCAUAAGUCCCGCCUCUAGCAGCUUUUCAUUUCCCGCUCUGCUGUGUUUAUUUUUCUCCUUAACAACUGGAGCUGGGGUCUGGCUGAGCACAAGUAUCACCUGUCAGGAUGUGAGACCCAGAUGGGGUCACAAAGUGGUCCUACCCCCUUGGAAUUUGGGGUUCUGUCAUGCCUUGUCCAGACCUUGACUCUUCUCUUGACUUAAGAAACUCCAGCAUCCACGUUAGAAGUAGAGGGGCUAGAAGGACAUAGUGCCUCUAGUCAUUAUUUGGAGGACCUGCAUAUAGACUUCCCAGCAGCUGGGUGAUUUUUCCUACCAAGAAAAACAGUCACUUUGGUUGAAAGUUGAAUUCUAUUAUCUUUAAAAUUAUAUAAAAUUUCUGCCAUAACUUUAUUGUGAAUGAUUUUCAAACACAACAGAGUUGAAGUAAUUGAACUCUCCCAUGAACAGGAACAGCCAUCCUCUCUUCCCAUCAGCUUUCUGUCCUUUAGCAUCUUAUUUUUGACACAGUUCAAAGCAAGCAGUAGGGCUCAGCCCACUCCACUGCCCCAGUCUUGCUGAUAGACAAGAUUAGAUCUGGAGGUAAAAUUGACAUAAAGUAAAAUGAGUAGAUCUUCCUUUCCUAGUUGGUAAGUUCUAAGCAGUUUAUACACCUUUGUCUGGCGACACCCCUUCAGUCAGACCCUGCCUCUCCAGCCCCCAAAGGCUGCCAUCAUUCUUCUGUCCUUCAACUGUAGACUUGCUGUCUUAUUCUGGGAUGUACUUUAUUUGUUUGUUUGUUUGUUUGUUUGUUUGUUUAAGACUGGGUUUCUCUGUGGCUUUUGGAGCUGGGAUGUACUUUAAAUAUAGGCACAUGACCUAAGCUCUUUGCUCUAAACUUUUUGUUACUUGGCAACCUUUGUAUUUGCUAUGUUGCUUCCCCACUGAAGUCACUGUAUUUAUAAGACCGUAUUUAGCCUUCUGUUGAUGGAUCCCUGGGUUGGUCCCAGUAUGAGGCCAUUUUGAAUGAAUUUCCUGUGAGCAUGCUUAUGCAUGUCUUUUGUGGGUGAAUGAUUUUGUCUCAGGUAAAUGCAUCAGACUGGAAUAGCUGGGUUAGAGGUGGGCCUGUACUUUGUCUUAUAAGAAACCUGCAAACUGUCCCCAGUGGCUGUGCCACGUCAGUCUGUGGAUAGUGUAGGGGCUAAAGGUGUCUAUACCCUUGUUAACAUUUGGUGUUAUGAGUGCCUUGGAUAGGUUUCUGUGAUCCCUCGGUGCAGUAGAAUUCUUUUCAUGUGUACAUGAGCUGUUUAUCUCUCUUUAUGAAGUUUUUGCUCAUAAGCUUUGCCCGUGUUUUGGUUUCUAUUUUAUUAUACUUAUAAAAUUAUGUAUAUUUAAAAAUCUAUUAUCUGUGUAUCUCUGUAUAUGUACACAGGCAUGUGUAUCACAUGGACAUUGUGGAGUUCAGAAGACAACUUUAAGAAGUCACUUUCCUUCUUUUACCAUGGGUUCCUAAGGUCACACUCAGGUUUUCAGGUGAAUGUGUAUGUGCUGGGGAAGACAUUCCUGCUCUUGGCGAGGGAGCUCUGCAUCAACGCACCGGCUAUAGACCCAUGCUUGUACAUUCCACGUUUUGCUCAUCUACUGGAAUUUGGAGAGAAGAACCAUGAAGUAUCCAUGACAGCCCUGAGGCUUCUGCAGAGAAUGAAGAGGGAUUGGAUGCACACAGGCCGGCGCCCCUCUGGCCUCUGUGGAGCAGCACUUUUGGUUGCAGCCAGAAUGCAUGACUUCCGGAGAACCGUCAAAGAAGUCAUCAGUGUGGUCAAAGUGUGUGAGUCCACACUACGGAAGAGGCUCACAGAAUUUGAAGACACUCCAACCAGUCAGCUCACCAUUGAUGAGUUUAUGAAGAUUGACCUGGAAGAGGAAUGUGACCCUCCUUCGUACACAGCUGGACAGAGGAAGCUGCGCAUGAAGCAGCUGGAACAGGUCCUGUCGAAAAAACUAGAAGAAGUCGAAGGUGAAAUAUCCAGUUACCAGGAUGCUAUUGAAAUUGAGCUAGAAAACAGCCGGCCAAAGGCAAAAGGGGCUCUUGCCAACUUGUCAAAGGAUGGCUCCGGUGAGGACGCCACAUCCAGCCCAUUCUGUGAGGAAGACACGGAGGAUGAAGAGCUGGAGGCUGCUGCCAGCCACAUGAACAAGGACUUUUAUCGAGAGCUCCUGGGGGAUGAUGACAGCUCGGAAGCAGCACAAGGUCCUGAUGGGGGCAGCAGGCCCCUCGCCCUGGAGUCCUUACUUGGCCCAUUGCCCACAGCAGCCAGUCUGGGCAUCUCUGAUUCCAUCCGAGAGUGCAUCUCCUCCCCAAGUGGGGACCCCAAAGACACUUCAGGAGACGGGGAGCUGGACCUCAGUGGCAUCGAUGACCUUGAAAUUGACAGAUACAUCUUGAACGAAUCAGAAGCCCGGGUAAAAGCUGAGCUGUGGAUGCGUGAGAAUGCCGAGUACCUGCGGGAGCAGAGGGAGAAAGAAGCAAGAAUAGCAAAGGAAAAGGAGCUUGGUAUCUAUAAGGAGCACAAGCCCAAGAAGUCUUGCAAACGCCGGGAGCCAAUCCUGGCCAGCACAGCUGGGGAGGCUAUUGAAAAGAUGCUGGAACAGAAGAAAAUCUCCAGCAAGAUCAACUACAGUGUGUUGCGGGACCUUAACAGCAAGGGUGGGGGCAGCCCAUCCAGGGAGGACUCACAGCCCCCAGAGCGUGCCAGCACCAAGAAGUUGUCAAGAAGGAAAAGAGCAGCUAGCAGGAGUAGUGCUGACCCUGGGACAAGCAUGGGGAAAAGGUUGAAGCCUCUGGUGUCUACACAGCCAGCUAAGAAGGCAGCUGUGGGAGAGGCCUUGCUUUUAAGUUCCCCUGCCCUGGGAGCUGAACCCAUCAAGCCAUCAGCUGUCUUGGUGGAGAGUGGCCCUGUGUCCUACCAUCCUGACGAGGAUGCAGAUGAGGAGGACGCUGAAGAAGAGGAUGGAGAGCCUUGCGUCAGUGCUCUGCAGAUGAUGGGUGGCAAUGAUUACGGUUGUGAUGGUGACGAGGAUGAUGGCUACUAAGUGGAACUCAAGGCUGGACUCCAAGUAUAUCUGUGGGGGUCAGAUGGGCCCUGGGGCACGGCUCACAGGCAUGAUUUCUGGACUCAACCAGUCAAUCACUGCCCCGCUUGAUUUGAAGUUCUCUUUCCAUGGCCACAUUGGGGGCCCCAUCAUACUGUUGGGAAUCAUGUUUUGAGCAAUGUAAGGAAUAUUUUUGCCCAGCAAGGGAAA